AGAAGGCACACGGGUCAAAAUGCAAAGCCAGGAGCCCAUCUGAGCUGACUUUGCCACACGACCUGGACAGACUUUUGCAUCAGGUUAAAAUAUUACUCUAAAUCAUUUUUUUGUAGGACAUUUUGUUUUGGCAAUAUCAGGAAAGAUGUGCAGCAGCAGCAACAGCAUCAUCCAGGCCCAAAAAUUGGUGGAUCAACUCCAAAUUGAAGCAGGCAUGGAAAGAUUCAAGAUCUCCCUCACAGCAGCAGAUUUAGUCCAAUACUGUCAGGAACACAGACGCAGCGAUCCUCUGCUAACCGGCAUAUCGGCUUCGUCCAACCCUUUCAAAGAUAAGAAGACCUGUGUACUACUCUGACACCAGAAGAUCCAUGCCACAAUACAGAAAACUUAGACUGGGAGCUCCAAAUGAUUAGUUUAGACAUUUAUAUUUUGCCUGUCAUGUGUUUAUGCCUCAUCUGCAAAAAUACAUAUAAUUUCUGACACAGAAUUUUCAGGACUUUCGAUGGAAACGUUAGUUUCACAGACUUAUAAACAAAAGAACAGAAGUACUUUUAUUGUGCAUUGUAGUUUAAUUUGUUAAUGCAUAAAUACAAUAAACAAUUAAAUAUU